AUGGAGCAACACCUCAGAAACCUUCAAGCGAUUUUCCGCUCUUGGUCAACUUUGACUUCCGCGGGAAAGCGAGAGAAGGAGCUGGAGCGGGAGAAGGAACGGCUGCAGAAAGAGCAGGAGAGUUUGCUGAAGGAAGUGGAGGACGUGCGUUUGCGCAACUCCAAGAUGCGUGGCAGUCUUUUGGGCUUGUCAGUGCAGGCCGACCCCAACCAGUACGUUUUGCUUGGCAUGAUACUGGCAUCUUGGAAGGACUUGCUCAUGGAGAAAAGGCUAAUUGAGAGCCGCCAGGAGGAGAGGAGAAAGGUGCAGCAAGAGUUUGAGGACUCCGUGAUAGGAAAGGCAAGAGGAGCAAAGGCAGAAUUUGAGGUUCCGGAAGAAGCUCGAUUUUGGUCAGAGGAGGACUUGGAGGCUUUCUUUGAUAGCAACGGCUCCUUGGUGGCUUUAGGGCGGAAAGCACCGGUCAGAAGCAGCCGACUCAUGGAUGCAGAUUCAGAAGAUUCUUUGUUUAUUGAUUUUGAGGCGCGAGAGUGCGAGACCUGUUGCAGAGACCUGUCCUUUGCUCUCACGAAUAAGGCAGCUUUCAGCAGAUAUGUGCAGGGCCUGCGGGAGGACUGGUACAGGAACCCACGCCUCAUGAGCGUAGCUGAGUGUACAGAAGUGACAAGACUUCGAUCCUUGCAGUCUAUGCCAACUGAGCCGGUUCUGCUGGAGAAGCCACGUGAUUGGUAUGCAAGGUUCUGGAAUCUGGAUUAUUUCAAGCGGGACUGUGGGCAUGACUACUGGUUUUGCCGCCCUCAGUUUCCAGCCUUCGAUGGUGAUGAAGCAGCCAUUGAUAAAGUUGUGCUCCACGUCAGUAUCGGAGAGUAUGUGGAGUUUGCAAGAACCCUACAACGAAUGGACCGCAAAUGCGACCAGGAGAAGGGUCUUGCUUUUCCUCGACUCACUCUGGAUGGUUAUGCUCCUUUCUUUGGUGUCAUGCGGAAAUUCUUCGACGAGUGCUGGACAAAGCUUGGCCCUGAGGGGUUGCCAGAUGUUACUCCAAGGCUCGCUCAAGUCUUCGCACAUGCUUUCUCUUUGCAAGAUCCCAUGGAGACGCUUUCUCGUUUCUACAAGGUGACGCUUGCAGCUACAGGCUCCAUUACGAGACUCCACGUGGAGGUUGCUGGGGCGCAUACUUGGUUCAACCAAAUAGAGGGGAGAAGGGCGUUCUUCCUCUUUCCACCCUCCGAGUCAAGGAAGCUCUACGAAGAGACAGGCGGCCCAAUGCAGGAGACCAGUGGUUUUGCUACGAGCAUUAGCGGGGUGGACAUCUUGGCACCCAGUGCGAAGCGGCAUCCGCUCUUCGCAGAGGCCAAAUGUCAGGUGGCCGUGCUUUAUUUGGGCCAGACCUUGGUCAUUCCUUCUGGCUGGUGGUGGUACUCAGUGUCGCUGGAUCCAUCUGUGACGCUUUGGCAUCAGUUCUGGACAGAGGAAAACAAGCUCCGCUUCCCGGAAGUUGCCUGGGAGUACUUCAACUAUCAGAAGAUGACCCCAGAGUUCUGGACUGCACUACUUCAAAAGAUCGAGGCUUUGCGAGAGACUCGGCACAAAUUUGCGAGGAUGCGACAGUCCAUGAUCGCGCUGUCAGCUGUAGACCAAAAGAUGAAGGGGCAGAGGGAGGUGCUUCUUCCAAUUCUUUGGUCAGCAUGGAAAGACCUGGUCCUCGAGAAGCAAAGGGACGAGAACAUUGAUCUCACCCGUCGUUUAUACGAAGAGGAAGCAAAGAAGGCACAGGAAGAGGCGCAGCAGCUCAGGGCAGAGGCCAAGAACAUGCGGCAAAGACAUUUGCAAGCAGAGCAGAAGCGCAAGACAAUCUUCCUGAUGUCGCUGGAGCAAAGAGAUCAGACACUCUUGCUCCAGGUAGCCAUGAGCGCGUGGCGAGAAUGCGUUGAAGACCGAAAGAAACACGCUGCAGAAAUGCAGCAAGAGAUGAAAAACAAGUCUUGGUCCGAUUCCUUCGUGAAGACCAUGCAAGGUCAACAAGGCCAGGGUCAUGGGGCUGCCCUCGAUCCAGCGUAUCCAGGCGCACCACCACCGAAAGGAGGCCUUUGCCAACGCAUGUGCCGAUGCUUGCCGUUCUGCUGCGGAAAACCAAGCCGCAAAGCCGUGAGCCAAGCACCACCAGAAGCCACAAGGACGACCCCAAAGCCACCGGGCAUUGUCGCGGAUCAUGGACAAGUUGUUGAGCAGCCACAUGCAGGCGUACCGGCUGGGCCAACAGAACCAGGGGAAGAGCUGGAUCAUGGAGGACGCGAGCAAGCCUCUGCUUCACAGGUUGUCACACAGCCAGGUGUGCCAGCCCAGCAGGCAUCAGAACUGCCAGCUGGCGACUUCAUGCCUGAAGAAGCUAUUGAAUCCAAAGGCAAUCCACAGCAAGAUGGAGGUGGCUUGAGGCGCAUUGAAGAGGACGAAGGUGUUGGAGCUGCUAGAGAAAACUAG